GGCGAAAGUCCUUCCACCAAUCGUCGCCCUUUCAUUGUUUUGUCUCAAACAGGCUAAUGUGUUAGCAACCAAGAACACAGCAGUCGUCUACUUCUUCAUCACAUCCAACCCUUGAACAACAUAAAUUAUUAAAUUACAUUUAAUUGAACAAAGAACCGACGAUGAGUAAGAGGAAAGCACCCCAGGAAUCGCCCAAUGAAGGAAUAACAGACUUUCUUGUCGAACUGGCAAAUUAUGAGAAAAAUGUAAACAGAGCGAUACACAAGUAUAAUGCCUACCGUAAGGCAGCAUCGACUAUUUCGAAGUACCCAGAGAAGAUCAAAAGUGGUACAGAAGCGAAGAAAUUGGAAGGUGUGGGACAAAAAAUUGCGGAAAAGAUCGAUGAGUUUCUGCAAACGGGCACAUUAAGGAAAUUGGACAAGAUACGGAAUGACGACACGAGCUCAUCCAUCAAUUUCCUCACAAGAGUUACUGGAAUUGGGCCUGCUGCUGCCAGGAAGUUCUUUGAGGACGGAGUGAAGACACUUGAAGAUUUGAAAAAUAUUGAAAGCAAAUUGAACCAUCACCAGCAGAUCGGCCUCAAGUACUUUGAGGAGUUUGAAAAGAGGAUUCCACGGGAAGAGAUGGAGAAAAUGGAAACUUUGAUUCAAGCCGAACUGAAGACUGUAGGCACAGAAUACAUUGGAACCAUCUGUGGAAGCUACCGAAGAGGUGCACCCUCAAGUGGUGAUAUUGAUAUCCUGCUGACCCAUCCAAACUACACCGCUGAGUCUGAGAAGCAGCCAAAGCUCCUGCAUGCAGUUGUGGAACAUUUUGAGUCCAUUGGAUUCAUAACGGACACCCUUUCCAAAGGAGACACCAAAUACAUGGGUGUCUGCCAGUUGCAGAAGAGUGCUGGUGAGGAGGAGGAGGAGGAGGAGGAAGCGUUCCUCCACAGACGAAUUGACAUUAGGUUAAUUCCUAAGGAUCAGUACUAUUGCGGUGUUCUCUAUUUCACUGGGAGCGACAUCUUCAACAAGACCAUGAGAACUCAUGCAUUGGAGAAGGGCUUCACUCUCAAUGAGUACACUAUCAGACCACUCGGUGUCACUGGAAUGGCGGGUGAGCCUCUGAUGGUGGAUAGUGAGAGGGAUAUCUUUGAGUACAUCCAGUACAAAUACAGAGAGCCAAAGGAGCGCAGCCAGUGAAGCGAAAGCCAAUGCAUAUAUUUGUAUUACAACCAUUUACCUUCCACAAAGGUGCUAAGCGAGUUUGAUAAAUUUUCUUUAUAUAGAUGGGAAAGUGGGUUUUAAUUGUCUUUUGAGUUUCCUUUUGCAUGUUUUGUGGAUGUGGAUACGAGUGGAUUUUUUUUAAAUCAGGAAACUAUUGAAAUUGGAAGGUAACUGUUUACUAGGCUCACAAUCAUGAAUAGAAUCUCUUAUUUAGUAUUUAUAAAGAAAUCUCUUUUGGAGGGGUUAACUACAUGGUUGUUACAUAGACUAAGAACCCUGAAUAUGUAUGUGGUUUGAAAAUCAUGUCUACUUUUGUUCCCUACUUUGUUUCUAUAUCUUGUGCCCCUAGUACAUUAUGGACUCAUCAAACUGCAAUUGUUUUUUGUCUAAUUUUCCUUCAACCUGGGGUACUGGCCAAUUUGCCAGUAACCCAAUUUGUUUAAUCUAGUUGUGUGAACAGGUUAAGAAGAUUCCAUUAACAAUACCAUUGCAUUGUAAAAAAGUCCAUGCUUGUUUUAUUGCAGUGGAUACGCUCAACUAUUUGAAGAACGUAAACCGUUUGACACA